ACGAAAAACAAUAUUCCAGAACGAACGAAUAUCAAUAUAUAAUAAAAUAUGUACAGAAAUGGAAUAGUGCUUGCUUCUCAACCACUAAUUUAUUUUUAGUUUUAUUCUCCCAGGUCAUGGCAAUGAAUUUGAUGAAGAAGUAACACGUGCAGAAUUUUUGAAUGAUGAGACAACGAGAAGCCGUGUCGCAUUUGAGUUUAAAUUUUCAAAUUAUGUAUAAUUUCACAUCUAUUACGAGCAUGAUAAUGUUUCGACAUUUUGGAAAUAUUGGUGAAUAAUUUUAAAUCAAUGUGCAAUGUCUUAGAUUUAUAUUAAUAACACGUACGUUUUACUUCUAAAAAUAUACAUAUGCAAAAUUUUUUAGCUUUGCUUAACAUUACGCUUGAGAUAAAACGCGGCGUCUGAGUUAGCUUCCUGAUUUGUAAAAGCAAGAUCGAAUGUGCUGUUUCACAGUGCAUGAAAAGUAGAACUGUGUCUAUGAUUAUGUAGUAAAGAAAACGUAAAUCGUUUUAGGAUAAAAUAUACAUUCACCUAAAAAUAUAUACAAUAUCGUUUCUUGUACAAAAUUAUCAGCGACGUAUGAAAAUUGGCAACAGUUGUAAUAGCAUAACGGAAUUUUAAAAUAUUUUACAUAACGUACAAUGUAUGUAAAAGUAUUUACCUCAUAUAUUAGUUUAAAUUAUAACAUUACGUCUGAUUUGCCCUAAUUAAACAAUUCACGUUAAUUAUGGACUUUUCAACAAGACCAAGUAAUGUGAUAUUAGUAAUAGAAAAAAAUGCAUAGCUGUUUAUCAUAAGAUGAAUUUGAACUAUUAACAUAUAUCGGCGAACGCUUAUUAUUACCGUCACAAAUAAUUAAUUUGCGACCAGAACUGGCGAAGCAAGUCAGCUUAAUCGUGUACGAAACACACGACACUUUCUUACUCAGAGACAAAAUAUAUCUUGAUUAUUCACAGUUUGAAGAGAAUUAUAUCCAGAUAAAAGUCGGUACAGAUCUGUUCCAUCUUCAACAAUCAUUUCUCUUUCUACUUCGCUUAUCCGUUGCGAAUACUGUCUGUUUCACCCAACAAGUUCUAUAUCAAGCUUUCUAAUAUCAAUUUUAUUCAAGGUAUCCAAAGUAACCUAUGUCUUAAAUUAUAUCUAUUAAAUAAUCUCUUAAAUUAUAUCUAUAUCUAUGUCCUAAAUUAUUCGUUACUAGCAAUUUGUCAAUCAAUCGAUUAUUUCGAGAGGAUAUUUGAUGUUUUCAGAUAGUUCUACGCGGGGAAGUGGACACAACGUACAGAACACACGAUAACGACGAGCUAAUACUUCGAUCGAGUUACUUGCACAACUUUAUCAAAGGUAUUUUAAGGGUAUAGAAUUAACAAGGGCGAAUAAAAUAUUAAAUCACCACUUUGGUUAGAACGAUCGUAAUGACAGCAGAUGGCAAACGUCGUGUGUUUCUACAGUCUACAGACCGUAGUAGAGCAGGUCUGUUUCUUUAAUGCGGUAGCUACGGUAUUGAUAAAGCAAGGGAAUUAUAUUGUGAACAUGGCGGAGUACAAGAUGCUGCUUACCGCUAUUUGGAAGGAUUGGUCAACCGAUAGAGUGAUUGAGGAAUCUGACAUUAUGGUCGAGUACGCCAAAAGGGGAGCCUUUUUUUCUCGGUUGUACUGCGGACUUGGCGUUUUCUGUUCCAUAAGUUUUAUUCAACUAUCUCUAUCGCCAUAUAUUUUAGACAUAAUUUCACCCAAUAACGAAACCCGAGAUUUAAUAUACAUUUAUCCAGCUUAUUAUUAUAUCGAUGACCGGAAGUACCGUAUGUUUAUAAGUUUUCAUAUGAUAUAUACGGUCAUAUCAACAUUCUUUGUGUAUGUGGGCUGUGAUGCGAGUUACAUAUAUAUGGUGCAACACGCCUGUGGACAGUUAGCGGUGGCUGGACAUCGUUUCAAGAAUUCGCUUUCAGAUUUGUCUAUCGAAAAUGAAAAGAAUGGCAUGCAGGAUAAUAGUUAUGAGAGAGUGCUUCAUUCGAUUCGAGAACACCAAUAUGCUACAAAUUACCUGAAGACUAUUCAAACCAGUCAUUCCGUUUAUCUUUGCAUUUGCAUCGGUAUGUCAAUGGCAUCUUUCUCAGUCUCAUUGGUAAAGGUUGCAUCACAGUCGGAAAUUUCUGGAGUGCUUAUCAAGGACAGUGUUUUUCUUUUGUCCCAACUGAUACAUAUACUUCUUUUAACUGUGCAAGGACAAUUCGUACUGAACUCGAACGAUGAAAUUAUCGAAUCGAUAUACGACGCAUCGUGGUAUAAUGCUAAUAAAAAAACGCAGUUGUUGUUCGUGUUAUCCAUCAGAAGCUGUUUGAGUCCUCCAAUUCUAUCAGCUGGGGGACUUUUAGACCUGAAUUUGAAAAAUUUUGCAGAGAUAUCACGGGUAGUAGCAUUUUAUAGUUUGGAGGUGUUGUCGGAUCAGAUGCCAUAUCUCGAUAUAGGAUUGGUCAUUUUAAUCAAGCAGUACAAUUACAUUCUGAACGAAAAGAAGUUGAAAGGACUUCUAAACGAUAUUGUGGCCGACCGGCUAAUAGAACGACCGAAGGAGGAAUUAGAGAUUUUGGACAUGUACUCCAAGAAGGCAACAUUUCUUUCCUGUUUAUAUCAAGUUAGCAUAUCUUUUUGUGCGUUUAUGUUCGUCCUCCUACCGACUAUACCACCUAUCCUGAACGUCGUCGCACCCCUGAACGAGUCACGAAGUCGCGAAUUCAUCUACCCAUCCUAUUAUUUCGUGGAUGAGCAGCAGUAUUACUAUCCCAUACUUGUGCAUAUGAUAAGCGUGGCGGUAAUACUCACAAGUGUUUAUAUAGCCUGUGACAUCAAUUUGGUUCAUGUCGUACAUCAUGGUUGCGCCUUGUUGGCCAUUAGUGGGUAUCGUUUCAAGCACGCAAUGGAUAACGUGAGCUUUUCCAAUGAAAAGUACCUGGACGUGUUACUAGAUGAAACCUAUGCGAAAAUAAGCCGAUCCAUCGAUGCUCACAAAAAGGCCGUUGAAUAUGUGGAUAAAGUUGACGCCUGCCACGUGCACUACUUCUUCAUCAUCUUGGGUCUGAUAAUCGUAACAUUUACAUCCACGUUCGUGCGGUUGUCAACGAUGGAAAUAGGAGUCAGAUACUUCACAUUCUGCGCGUUCACUAUUAGCCAAAUGACUCAUCUUUUGUUCUUGACGAUAAUGGGACAGUUUCUGAUAAAUUCCAAUGAAGAAACCUUCCAGGCAAUAUGUGAAGCCAAAUGGUACAAUGGAUCGUCGAAAAUGCAAUCGUUAUAUCUAUUGGUGUUGCGAAAGUGUUUGAGCCCGCCUAAACUAACUGGUGGAGGAGUAAUCUCUUUGAAUUUGGAGAGCUUUGUACAGGUUAGCUUAUCACUUUCACGAAAUACACAUGAGAACAGUUUUCAAAAAACAAUCGACGAUUUAUCAACGACUAAUAUCUUUCUAGGUUUUAAAAGCAUCUUUCUCGUAUUAUACAGUGUUUAGAUCUUCAUAA